AAUGUCAGAGAAUAUGAUUUACAUGUGCAGGAGUUGCUGUACUGUUCUUGGAGACUCGCUAAGUGUAUGUGGGACAAACGAUAGUCUGAAGGUUAUCGCUUGCCUGAGGGUCACGAAUGAAGUUGUUAUGGAUAAAGGAUUACAUAUUAUGUUGGAUGGUGACCUGAAUGGUUGUGCCUACUAUCCCUUGCACUGCAGAUCCUGUGAAACGCGUAUCGGUUUCACUAUGUACACAGCAUUUAGGAUUUUCUCCUGCCUACGUGGUCUGUUUUGUUUACAGAAAGAACAGAUUACUUGCUAUGUUUUAAACUCCCGAAAAAUAUUUCCUGGGCUUGAGUUGGACAUAAAACCCCCAAUCCUAGGAGGACACAUUAAAGAGCUGAAAGAGGGGUUAGUAAACCUCCAUCUUCAAGUAGAGCUCCUGAAUUGCCAGCUGGGGCACCUACCUGUGAAAUCUGUGAAAUUAUGA